AUGUUUCUGCUAUUAUAUACAUUAUUAGUAUUAUUAUUCAAUAUUUUUGGAGAAUUCACAUACGGCGAAUUUGCAUUUUUGGGCCGGCAACCUACCGCAAUUAAUCCAACCUUAUAUGAUCCGAAAACUGAUUUAAUCAUACAACUCGAUGAUAUGACCUUCAACGAUACAGUUUUCUGCAAGCAUUCAUUAUUACCCGAUAAUGAUAAAGAUUGUGCUGCUUAUUUCUACUUAGAUUGGUGUGGACAUUGUCGUACAUAUGCGCAAACAUAUAAAUCGUUAUCUCGUGAUAUUUACGGAUGGAAUAAAGUUGUUCGGGUAGCUGCCGUCAAUUGCGCUGAUCCACUCAACGAAAUUACUUGUCAAACAAACAAUGUCUUAUUUUUCCCAUAUAUUAAGUAUUUUCCACGAAAUUCAAGCAGUCCAAAGUAUGGCAUACCAAUAAAAACAUUACAAUCAGUCCCUGAAAUGAGAGAUUUGAUUACUCAAAUGAUUCUGCUCGAUUACAGUGCAAAUCGAUCACCUAAUUGGCCUAAUUUUGAUUUUUUAGAAAACGAUCAAAAAUACAAUGAACUGUGGAAAAAUAUGGAUAAAUCAGUUCCAUUUUUGGUGAUUAUUUUUGAAGAGGGGACAAGAUCACUUAUUGGUGCUGAGUUGUUGCUUGAUAUGACUAAGUACAGCGAUCGUUUGGUUGCACGACGGUCCUUGAAUAAUCAUCCACUUGCCGAUAACCUAUACAUUAAAAAUUUUCCAUCAAUGGCAAUUUUUAAACGUGAACAGAUGAAACCACUACUUGUUAUUCAAUUGCGAAGACUAUUGCUCAAUGAAUUAGAAAGAUUUGUGGUCAGUGAAAAUAGCAAAAAUGAAAUUAAAGAAAAUGCUGCACAGAAUCAAUCACUUUGUGAAAGAGAUAUUGUGAAAUGUCGGCAAAGGUAUUUUGUAUCGGAAACAGAUAUAUUGAAAGCUAUGCGAUAUGCAUUAUUUGAUGAAGUAGCACGAACUGGCAAAUAUCUUACCGGUAAUAAUCUGACCGCUGUUCGUGAUUUCUUGGAUAUGCUUGCAAAGCAAUUGUUGAAUAGUAAACGAGCAGUUAAUUUAUUCGAGAAAAUGCGUGAUUAUAUAGAUCAAAAUGAACAAAAAGAUAUGAUUUCAGUAAAGGAGUAUAAGAAAAAAUUCUUAAAUUUGGAAGAAGAAUACAAUCAUCCCUUUCCAGUAGACGAUGAUUGGGAACAUUGUGCUGGGUCAAGUCCCAAAUUUCGAGGUUAUACUUGUGGUCUGUGGACAACAUUUCAUGCGCUUGCUCUUCAAGCAUAUAAAAAUGAUUCAAAAUUUGUCCCAAUAACUCCACUGGUAGCAAUUCGAAAUUGGGUAAACUAUUUUUUCGGCUGUCAGCACUGUCGUGAACAUUUUCUUCGAAUGACAACUCGAACUUUUAGCAUGGAAAGCCAAGUACAUCGUCCAGAAGAUGUGUUUAUGUAUUUGUGGCAAGCACACAAUAUCGUUAAUGCUCGCCUUCGUGGUCAGGAAACGGAAGAUCCGGAAUUUCCAAAGAGACAAUUUCCGUCUGAUUUUUUGUGUAAUAGCUGUCGACAAGAGGGAUACUUUAACAAUGAUCAAGUGAAAGACUUUUUGCGUGUUUACUACAGUGCUAUUAAGCCCGUUUCAAGUCAAAAACAAUUAUGA